GUUCGUUCUGGCUCGUACAUUCAAUACUCUUGUCCCCUGCCCUUUUUUGGUCUCGAUACCUUUCGUUAAAGAAAAGUAAACUGCCUGUGAUGUGGUAAGCGAGGGACCCAUGGCUUAAUGUUUUUGAAUUUUCUGCUCAUACCCCUCAAAAUCGUGUAAGUACUAAAUACCUGUGGUUAUCUUGUAUAAGUAAGUAAUGUCUUCCUCUCAAAAUCAUUCAAGCUAAUCUUCCUCUCCAUUCCAAUGGCUGCCUACUCUUUCACGAGGCCACAGUAUGAUCUUGAAAACGCCGCCUCCUACACUCCCAUCCCUGACCGACCAGCAUCCGCCUCCUCCACUCCGGCCGGUCAUUGGAGAUCCAAGAAGCUUCUCGCCGGCAUUCUCUUUUCCUCUGUAUUCUUACUUUCCUUAAUUCUUCUGUUUGUUAACCAACAAUCCGAAUCCCAAACCAAAGUCAAUGGCACCAAUCAAGGAAAAUCUUCAACUCCCAAACCCAUAUCGCCGACAGCUCGAACUGCGCCGCCGUCAAGAGGGGUGUCCCAGGGUGUGUCGGAGAAGACUUUCCCGCUAGCCAGCGGUGAAAAUGCAACCUACACGUGGACCAAUGCUAUACUGUCUUGGCAACGAACUGCUUACCAUUUUCAACCAGAAAAUAAUUGGAUGAACGAUCCAAACGGUCCAUUAUUUCACAAGGGAUGGUACCAUUUGUUCUAUCAAUAUAAUCCAGAUUCAGCUGUAUGGGGAAAUAUCACAUGGGGCCAUGCAGUAUCAAAGGAUCUUAUUCACUGGCUCCACUUACCAUUUGCAAUGGUCCCUGAUCACUGGUAUGAUAUCAAUGGAGUCUGGACCGGGUCCGCCACAAUUCUUCCUGACGGUCAGAUUGUGAUGCUUUACACUGGAGAUACAUAUGAUGUUAAGCAGGUGCAGUGUUUAGCUUAUCCCGCCAACCUAUCUGAUCCUCUCCUGCUUGAUUGGGUCAAGUAUUCGGGUAAUCCGGUUCUGGUUCCCCCACCCGGUAUUGGAGCAAAGGACUUUAGAGACCCGACUACCGCUUGGCUUAGCCCGGAUGGUGAUAAAUGGCGGAUCACGAUUGGAUCCAAGGUUAAUACAACGGGUAUUUCACUUGUGUAUGAGACGGUAGAUUUUAAAACUUAUGAUAUGUUAGAUGGGUAUAUGCAUGCAGUUCCGGGUACGGGUAUGUGGGAGUGUGUGGACUUUUACCCAGUUUCGAUGAGUGAGAUAAACGGUUUGGACACGUCGGUAAGCGGGUCGGGUGUUAAGCAUGUGCUGAAAGCAAGUUUGGAUGAUGACAAGAAUGAUUAUUAUGCACUUGGGGUCUACGAUCCAAUUGAGGAUAAGUGGAUACCGGAUGACCCAAAAUUGGAUGUUGGAAUCGGGUUAAGAUAUGAUUAUGGUAAAUAUUAUGCUUCCAAGACAUUUUAUGAUCAGAAUAAGCAGAGGAGAAUUUUGUGGGGUUGGAUUAGAGAAACUGAUAGUGAAUAUGCUGACAUUUUGAAGGGAUGGGCAUCUGUUCAGUCGAUUCCUAGGACUGUCAUGUUCGAUCAGAAGACGGGGAGUAAUAUACUUCAAUGGCCAGUCAGCGAAGUGGAAGAAUUGAGAUCAGAAAUCGUUGAGUUUGAUAAUGUAAAGCUUGGACCGGGAUCCAUUGUUCCGCUUAAAGUUGACACACCUUCUCAGUUGGACAUAGUUGCCUCAUUUGAAAUUGAUGAGGAUGCAUUUGAAGGAACAGUUGAAGCUGAUGCUGAUGCUGAUGCUGGUUACAGUUGCCCUACAAGUGGUGGUGCUGCUAAUAGGGGGGAGUUGGGACCUUUUGGUGUUAUUGUUCUUGGCGAUAAAACUCUAUCAGAGGGAACCCCUAUCUACUUCUACGUUACCAAAGGGACUAAUGGAAAGUUUGAAACUCAUUUUUGUGCAGAUGAAUUAAGAUCAUCUCUGGCUCCUGAUGUUGACAAAGUAGUCUAUGGGAGCAAAGUCCCUGUUCUUCAUGGCGAAAAAUACUCCCUGAGAUCACUGGUCGAUCACUCCAUAGUGGAGAGCUUCGCUCAAGGAGGCAGAACAGUUAUAACGUCGCGAGUUUAUCCAACAAGGGCUGUUGAUGGAGCAGCACGAGUUUACUUGUUUAACAAUGCUACUAAAGUGAGUGUCACAGCAUCUGUGAAGAUGUGGAACAUGGGUUCUGCUGAUAUUCGUACCUUCCCCUUAAAUGAGCAGUGACUUGUCCCGAAUGUUAUAAUCGUCUCAACAAGUUGAAGUCGUCUCAUUUUUCUGCUGGAUUUCAUGUUAAUUGAUUAAGCACAUCCAGCAGCAAUAUUUUAUUAUUUUAUGGAUAUUGUGAUAUAGUGUUUGUGCCCAAAAUUGCUCUCGAGGAUUGAUCUGCUCGAGUCUGUUUAGCAUUCAUCACUCUACUAGGGAAAGAGAAGUGCAUUUUUAUCUCGUAAAUAUUCUUGCUUUCUUGUAAUGAAAAAAACAUUUUUCUAUUUACUAUAAUUGAGAUUGCUUAUUUUUAGUAACACA